CCAGUAGCAUCUCAAGAGCUACUCACAACUAACGCAUAAACACCCGCUGGACUGUUCGGAAUUCCGAGGAGCCUUGAACGCACCGGUCUUGUCUGUGUACAAGCAAGAUGGCUGCCGCUUCUGCGAUGGAAGACGAAUUCGAAGAUGCGCCCGACGUGGAGCCUUUAGAGCCAACUCUGAAGAAUAUCAUCGAACAGAAGUCACUGAAAUGGAUCUUUGUUGGUGGGAAAGGUGGUGUCGGUAAAACCACCUGCAGCUGUAGCUUAGCGGUGCAGCUGGCUGCUGUCAGGGAGAGCGUCCUGAUCAUCUCCACCGAUCCCGCCCACAACAUCUCCGAUGCCUUUGACCAGAAGUUCUCUAAGGUGCCUACUAAAGUCAAAGGAUAUGACAACCUCUUUGCUAUGGAGAUUGACCCGAGCCUGGGUGUCGCAGAGCUGCCUGAUGAGUUCUUUGAGGAGGACAACAUGCUCAGCAUGGGCAAGAAGAUGAUGCAGGAGGCCAUGAGUGCUUUCCCCGGUAUCGAUGAAGCCAUGAGCUAUGCAGAGGUCAUGAGGUUAGUAAAGGGAAUGAACUUUUCUGUGGUGGUGUUCGACACGGCCCCCACCGGCCACACGCUGAGGCUGCUCAACUUCCCCACCAUCGUGGAGCGAGGUCUGGGUCGCCUGAUGAAGAUAAAGAAUCAGAUCAGCCCCUUCAUCUCUCAGAUGUGUAACAUGCUCGGUCUGGGCGACAUGAACGCAGACCAGCUGGCCUCCAAGCUCGAGGAAACCCUCCCGGUCAUUCGCUCCGUCAGUGAGCAGUUCAAAGAUCCUGAACAGACCACCUUCAUCUGUGUGUGCAUCGCUGAGUUUCUCUCGCUCUACGAGACCGAGCGGCUGAUCCAGGAGCUUGCCAAGUGUCGCAUCGACACGCACAACAUCAUCGUCAACCAGCUCGUGUUCCCAGAUACGGAGAAGUCGUGUAAAAUGUGUGAAGCUCGUCACAAAAUUCAGUCCAAGUAUUUAGAUCAGAUGGAGGACCUUUAUGAAGAUUUCCACAUAGUGAAGCUUCCACUGCUGCCCCAUGAAGUCCGAGGUGCCGACAAGGUCAACACGUUCUCUAAGCAGCUUCUGGAACCCUACAAACCCCCCAACAAGUGAGCCCCCCCCAUCUGCUGGACCUUCUCCUCAACCCCCCUCCCCCACCCUCAACAGUCUGAAGCUUCUCCGAGUGGUUCCCUCCAUCCCUCCAUCCUCAGUCCUCCUAGGCAGAGCAACGACCAACAUUCCUGCGCCGAUUGGGUCACGGCCCACGUCUCGCUGCGACGGGGCCGUUUAACGCCGCUUCACUCACACUUCAUCCUCUCUCACCGUCGUUUUAGUCUUAAUGUGUUUAACAGCCCUCCUGUCUGGUUUACAGCCUCCAAUGUGGAAACGGCGUUGAGCGUUGCAGGCGGGCGGCGCCAUCGCCGCGUUUACUCGCCGUGAUUUGGUCUGGAUUCAAACUCGUCUCUCGUGCGUCCAUCCAGCUUUCUGAUGGUGAGGAUGACACCAAUACGAGAAGUGGUGAUUAAAUGUAGUAAUUAUGGUAAAGGGGAACGGCUGCUCGGGCGGAGUUUGUUCUCUCACCAGAUCCCCGGGAGACCGCCUGGCUGCAUACCCACAUGAAUAAAGAGCGAUGGUAUUUGUGAACUGAAAUGAUUGUUUCUCAGUCUAAAAUGAUUGUAAGAAUCUUCAGAAAAGACCGUUGAUCGUGUUUCCUGCUCUUCUGAAAGCGUCGGAGUCGACAAGAAUCUGUUUUCUAUAGGUUUUAUUUAAAUUUUAUUGGGAGUGUGAAUAAAAAACAAACUUUCCUCA